AUGGUCCAGAGGUUUUUUGCCUGGCUCUUGCUGCUCCUAAUGGCGGCUUCCACCAUCGUUCUGGUGGCAAGUCACACCAAAGCUAAUUAUAGUCCGUAUGGAAGUGGUAACAGCACUAGCCUGGGCCACAGUAAUACCCCAUUGAGUCGCUCGAAGCGAUUGGCCAUCUAUAAUGGCCAGGGAAUUGUCAAGCUUGUACCCAGUUUAGCUUAUCCGGUGAAGCAGACCGACAAGGAGCAGUCCUUCUGGUGGUUCUUCAACUUUCAGGGUCAGUGGAUUCCCACCACCAUUCCCAUUUACUGGUGGAGCUUUUGGAAUACCACCGCCUUUGUGUCCACCGCUCGUGAGUGGCGCAAGGACAUGAAGUUGAAGCUCACGCACGACGAGGCCCGAUCCUGGGUCUAUAAUGCCAUCGAAGUGGGCAUGGAACAGCUAGACAAGGAGAACGGAGCCACCUGCCUGCUAAGGAGUAUCUGCGAGAUCUCCCAGAAGCCCUUCCAGAGCAGCAAUAUUUUCAGCGAGAUUGUUAACGCGGUGCUAGUACCGAGCCUGGAUAAUGUAGCUGAAAAGUAUCUCCACGCACGUAACGCAGGACGUGGUGGAGCCGACUGCGAACGGACCUACAGUGACUGCAACCCGUUGCUAUGGAUUCUAGUCAAAAACAUGGCCAAGAAUCCUUUUUGA